AUGGUUGAUAUUGCUUCGUCCCAUAGCAUUUUCUCCUUCAUGGAUGGUUCAUCUAGUUACAAUCAGAUUAAGAUGACCCCUGAAGAGGAGAAAUUCACUGCCUUUCGCACCCCCAUAGGUGUGUUUUGUUACAAGGUGAUGCCCUUUGGCCUCAAGAAUGCCGGAGCCACCUAUCAGCGUGACAUGACUAUCAUUUUUGAUGAGUUGAUUCAUAAGAAAGUUGAAUGCUAUGUGGAUGAUUUAGUGGUCAAAAGCAAGGUCCGUAGUGAUCACCUCCGAGACCUAGGAAUCAUUUUUGAACGCUUAAGAAAGCAUGAUUUGAAGAUGAAUCCCCUAAAGUGCGUAUUUGGCGUUACUGCGAAGAAGUUUCUUGGUUUUAUUAUUCGCUAUCGUGGCAUUGAGAUUGAUCCCUCCAUGAUCAAGGCCAUAGUGGACUUGAAACCCCCUAGGAGUCUUACCCAGUUGAGUUCAUUUCAGGAUAAGCUCACUUUCUUGCGGAGAUUUAUCUCUAAUCUUGCCGGUAGAUGCCAUCUUUUUGCCUCCCUAGCAAAGAAGGAUGCCCGCUUUCAUUGGGACAAGAGUAAUCAGGAGGCCUUUGAGAGAAUAAAGCGCUACCUGACAAAUCACCCAGUGUUAGUAGCACCCAUUCCUGGUAAACCAUUGAUUCUUUACACUACUGCCUUGAAUGAGUCACUUGGUGCACUUUUAGCUCAAGAAAAUGAGGAAUGCAAAGAGAAUGCCUUGUACUACCUUAGCAGACGUUUGAUUCCUGCAGAGCUAAAAUACCCGACAAUGGAAAAGCAGUGUUUGGCUUUGAUCUUUGCUGUGCAGAAGCUUAGACACUACAUGCUCUCACACAAGAUCAGUUUGAUUUCUCGAGUCAACCCUUUGCAGUAUCUGAUGACCCCUUCCGACUUUGUCAGGUCAUCUAGCAUGUUGCGGGCUAUCAAUGAACAGGCUUUAGCUGACUUUCUUGCUUCUCACCCGAUUCUUGCAGAUUCCCUACUUAAUGACGAGUUGCCUGAUGAACUAGUCUUGAGUUUGGAAGAGCAGGAGUCCCCUGCUUGGGAGUUUUACUUUGAUGGAGCUUCUUCCAUCAAAUCACUGCGACCUUACGAAACUUAUGUGGUUAGGGUAGGUUUUGGGCUUGUUUUUGUGUCUCCUGAAGAUCAUACCCUUCGCUACUCCUACAAUCUUUCAGAGCCUCGUACUAAUAAUGAAGCUGAGUUCGAAGCCUUGAUUGUAGGACUUGAGUUGGCUAUUCAGAUGAGCAUUAUGCGGGUGAAGAUCUUUGGAGAUUUCCAAUUAAUUAUUAAUCAAGUGGUCGGAAUUUUCAAAGUUCUCAAACCUGAGCUCUUGCCUUAUCACAACAAAGCAAUGGAGCUCUUGUGUUUGAUCCCUGAAACCCUCGCAGUGUUCGCUGUUGAGGAAGAGUCAGAUUGGAGAAUCCCCUUUAUUGAGUAUUUGAAGCGUGGUAGACUUCCGGAUGACCGCUCUCUUGCCACUCAGAUUAGAAAGAGAGCUUUGUCAUUUUCCUACGUGAAUAAAACCCUGUACCGACGCUCUUUUGACCAGAUGUUGUUGCGUUGCCUCAACAAUGAGGAGGCUCGUAAGGUCAUGAGCGAAGCAGAAGCUAUCCCGCUUAAGGAAGUCAAAUCAGAAGAUGUGAUGCGCUUCUUCCGCAAUCAUGUUGUUUAUCGUUUUGGUAUUCCGUGCCGUAUAAUUUCGAAUAACGGCCCGUCUUUUAGAAGCACCAAGAUUGUUAGAUUUGUCCGUCGCCAUAACAUAAAUUGGCUAUAUUCCUCGAUUUACUAUCCUAGGGCUAAUGGUUUGGCUGAAGCAUUCAAUAAGACCUUAGUCCAAUUGAUAAAAAAAAUACUUGUGGAAAAUAAAAGAGAAUGGCACGACAAAUUACCUGAAGCAUUAUGGGCCUAUAGGACUACAUACCGUACUCCUACUCAGUGUACACCAUAUGCUUUAGCUUUUGGGGUUGAAGUUGUCCUUCCGCUAGAGGUCGAGCUCCCCUUGUUGCGUGUAGUAGUUAGCUACAAUCUUUCUCAUGAGGAUAAUGCCUGA